AUGAAACUAAACUUGAUGACUCUAUCAAUAGUUGUGAGGUCCAAAUACCAGGCUAUGAAUUUAUUCGUCGUGAUAGAAACAGACAAGGAGGAGGAGUAGGUUUUUAUAUAAAAACCUCGAUUAAUUUUGGAGUUCGCUCUGAUUUGAAUGCACCCAGUCUUGAAAAUUUAUGUAUAGAGAUUCGGAAACCAAACUCCAGGCCAUUUCUAAUAGCCGCUUGGUACAGACCUCCUUGCUCCUCAAUUGAUUUAUUUUUACAUUACGAAUCAUUUCUUGAGAAAUUAGAUUCCCUCGGCCUAGAAUAUUAUCUGCUAGGUGAUUUAAACUGUAACCUGGCCUCUGCACAAUAUGAUUUAAAUACUCGACGCUUAUGUGAAAUUUCUGAUUUAUUUGGGCUUCAACAGCUUAUAACUGAACCUACUCGCAUAACGGAAUCCUCUUCAACAUUAAUUGAUUUAAUUUAUACAAACUAUACUGACAGGGUAGUCUGUUCCGGAGUCUCUCAUAUUGGUAUCAGCGAUCAUAGCCUUAUUUACGUUUAUAGGAAAUUAUCUCUCACUUUUCCUUCAAAAGGGCACUCAACCAUUUCUUAUAGAAAUUUCCAAAAUUUUAAUAGAGAGAGUUUUCGUAACGAUAUCGCUCAGCAAGACUGGUCCUGUAAUGUUUCUGAAGAUCCAAAUGUUUUGUGGUCUGACUGGAAAACGAAGUUUUUGGAUAUUGUUAAUAUUCAUGCGCCACUCCGAACUAGACGUACUAGAACAAAUAAAGCACCCUGGAUCAAUUCAGAA